UUUUUUUCAGUAUAAUCAUGUAGAGGCGAGGAAAAAAGUUUUGUGCUAUGAGUUAGAUUUUUUAUCGGAGCAGAUGACGAAUCUGGAAUUGGGCCAGGAGAAAAGAUGCUGGAGAAGAUAUUAUAGCUGCUUCAUUGAUGGUUGUUUGUGGGAUUGGGGUGUACUUUUUGUUUCUUUUGAUGUGUUGGUUGCUGAGCAAAUACAGAAAGAAAAGAAAUUGUAAACUUUGACUGAAAAGAAUAGUUUGGUAGGUUGCCUAUCCAAAUGCCUUUGCUUGAACAGUGGAAACAGCAAAAAAUAUUGAGGACAAAAACGGAAGGUAGUGAGGUGCUUGUACAGUUGUCUUCGUUGAGCACACUUGAAAAUUAAAAUGCAAAAUGAAUUGAUACAUAAAAAAAGAUCAAUGUUGAAUAUAUCCAAAAAAUUGAUUGCUAAUUCCUCUCUCAAUCUCUCUCUCUCUCUCUCUCUCUCUCUCUUUGUGUUAGGUUUCACUAGGGAAGUCAAAGUAUACCCUUAAAAUAGAAAUAUUGCCAUAAGACUGCCCAGUCAACUUGAAUUGGCAAUGAAAAGGAAACUUUGUAUUUGUAAUUUUUUUUUUUCCCUUUAUGUUCUUGCUCUGUUGAAACCCUUGAGGUUGGAGGUCUCAUUGGUGUUUGCAUGGAUAGUUGUGGCUCUAGGACAUAACUUCUGGUGAACUCUAAUACUUUGCUGAGGUUAUUAAAAUUUACAGCCGAGGCUUUUCUAACAUGGUCAACCACAUGCUACAUUGAUUAACAACACAAGAGACUAGAGUGUCAGACAGAGACUCUUUAUUUCUUCAAAUGAAAUAUCAGGAUGCCUCCUCUUUAUUUAUCAAUUGCAUUGUAAUAUACGUCCAGGCAUGUAUAAGAACCAAUUACAAGAGUUGGCUCAAAGAAGCUGCUUCAAUUUGCCAUCUUAUGCAUGCAUCCGAGAGGGACCAGAUCAUGCCCAUCGAUUCAAAGCGACUGUCACCUUCAAUAGAGACACCUUUGAAAGCCCUUCCUUUUGCUCUACGCUCAGACAGGCUGAGCAUGCUGCUGCAGAGGUAGCAAUCAACACACUGGCACAUAGAGGGCCUUCUAGAGCAUUGGCUGCAAGAGUAUUAGAUGAAAUGGGAGUUUAUAUAAACUUGCUUCAGGAAACUGCUCAUAGAGCUGGGUUGAACCUUCCUGUUUAUACCACCAUUCGUUCUGGACCAGGUCAUGUUCCUGUAUUCUCAUGUACAGUUGAGCUAGCUGGGCUGAGCUUUGCUGGGGAAACAGCCAGGACCAAGAGCACAAAAGAAUGCUGCGAUGGCUGCUUGGUCAGCCCUGAAAUGAUUGGCUCAACAUGGCUCAUCUUCCUCAUCUUCAGGGGAGUCUAAAAGCAAUGAAGAACAGGAACAAGUCACUACUGCUCGUGUUCUUGCUAGUUUAAAUCCAUCAGAGUCUACAAAUUAUAAGCAGAAUGAUCAUCGACAAAGACAACAGGAAUGCUUUUCCAUGUGCAGAAAAUCAACCUUGCCAGGAGCAAGUUUGUAUCCUAUGCAAUUCCAUAACUGGGCAUACCUUAGUUAUUCCCCUGAAACAGCCAUGUA